AGCUGUAGUUGAAUUAAAAAAAAAAGAGCCACGUUGACACUAGAAGUGGCUUAUUCAGUCUUCUCUAUCCACAGGGAAUAACAGUCAAGUCUUCAACUCUCUGUGAAGUCAGGUACUAAAGUAAGACCUUCCAGGGUCAGAGACGCCUCAUCAUCUGCAGGAUGAGUGUCGGGUUCAUCGGAGCAGGCCAGCUGGCUCAUGCGCUGGUCAAGGGCUUCACAGCUGCAGGUGUCAUUGCGGUGAACCGGAUUACAGCCAGCUCCCCAGACACAGACCUGCCCACAGUAGCGGGGCUGAGGAAACUGGGGGUGACUCUGACAACUAGCAACAAAGAGGCUGUCAACAAGAGUGAUGUGCUCUUUUUGGCUGUAAAACCCCACAUUAUCCCUUUUGUUUUGGAUGAGAUUGGGCCAGACAUUGAGGACCGACAUCUCAUAGUCUCUUGUGCUGCAGGUGUUACCAUCAGCUCCAUAGAGAAGAAACUGCUUCAGUACCGUUCAGCUCCCAAAGUCAUGCGGUGUAUGACAAAUACUCCCGUUGUGGUGAGAGAGGGAGCUACAGUGUAUGCCACUGGAACACACGCAGAGGUGGAAGAUGGCAAGUUACUGGAACAGCUGAUGGCCAGUGUAGGUUUCUGCACAGAGGUGGAAGAGGACCUCAUUGAUGCUGUCACUGGUCUGAGUGGCAGUGGACCUGCCUAUGCCUUCACUGCCCUGGAUGCUCUUGCAGAUGGAGGAGUGAAGAUGGGUCUGCCCAGGAGACUCGCCGUCAGACUUGGAGCUCAGGCCAUCCUGGGUGCAGCGAAGAUGCUCCUCGACUCAGAGCAGCAUCCGGGCCAGCUGAAGGACAACGUGUGCUCACCAGGAGGUGCCACCAUCCAUGCCCUGCACUUCCUGGAGAGUGGCGGCUUCCGAAGCCUCUUGAUCAACGCGGUAGAAGCGUCAUGCAUCAGGACACGGGAGCUGCAGGCCCUGGCAGACCAGGAGAGCAUCUCUCCAGCAGCCAUUAAGAAAACCACGCUGGACAAAGUUCUGCAGCAGCCUGGAGUCACAGUCAGUGGAGUCGCCAAUGGAAACGGCAGAUCGGGGCUCAGCUUGUUCAACAAUCGCAGCUCCGGAGUCAAAAAGAAGAACUGAGAACAAUGAGCCAGACACACACACACACACACACACACAUGCAACCGGUUUAAGAAACACAUGUGGACUUGCAGCCAAAAAAUAUAUAUUUGAAAAAAAAAAAGAGGGAACUCAGGACUCCACAUUCAAUUCAAUUUGCUGAAUUUAUUUAUUCGUACUUGAGUGACAAAUGGGAAAUGGACCUGCUGGUGACUUCACCACAUUACACCCACAACGCAAGUGUAUUUCUCUGUAUAUCCCACAGUUAUAGCCUCGUGUUGUGAUGCAGGAUUACUGUCUACAGGUUCAGAUGCACACCGAAGAGCUGAAGUGCAUUUACUCUCUGUACGCCUGUGUUUAGGCUCUAGAGCUUCUCCAGAGCUUUUAGCAGUAAUAUCAGUGGGCCAUCAAGCCUUCCUCAUACACACCAGGCACCUGAUGGCUGCUGGGAUAUCAGGAUAUCAGCGCAUGAGUUUGUAUGUCUUAAAAAAUUAAGCAUCAAAUGUAAAUCAUUUACCUUUUUUUUUUUUUUUUUUUUUUUUUUUUUUUUUUCAUUUUGCAGUUGUUUUUAUUUUUGUUCUCUCUUUGUUUGGUCAACAGUAUUAUACGGUUAAUAAAUACAGACAAUGGGUCAAACAAACAUGUUAACAACGUUGUACGUUAUCAUGUUUGUCAUAUGUAACUGUGGCUUUUGGGACAUUAAGGAUUUUGUGCCUUUUGCCUUGUGACAAAGCAUAUUAAUUACCUUAUAAAUUCCAAGCUUUAAUAUGAAGUUUUGUGUCUCAAAUCCCAAAGGUGCUCUUAUGUUGUUUGUUUUCCAUUGAUGUAAUUAUCUGGAAGUGCUCCAAUAAAGCUUAAACUAUC